GUUAGACAGAACCGAAACUGUGAAGCGGCUGCAGACAGACGCAGGGCAACAGCUAAUGCAGAUGGAGACUGACCAUGCACGAGGACGUUGACCCUGAGGAGGAAAGUGUGCACGCUGUCUUGGAUCAGGUGUCUGCUGAACUUUUUUCUGUCCUCAGCAGUCAGUCACAUGAGGUCAUAAGUCAUCUUUGCGGCAUGUUGCCUGGCGAUGCUCAGGUGUACAUGGAGCAGCAGCGGGUUCUCGGCAGCUCUUCUGCAGAUGUCAUCGUCACGGGCAUGUUGGACUGUUUGAGGAUGGAGAGCGCUGAGGUGUGCUGCAGCUUUCUUCAGAGUAUGUGCAUGCUAUGUGAGCACAUUCCCAUGCACCUGGAGUCCAGGCUGCUGUCUGUGGCCGGAUACGCAACCACUAGCACCAAGCUCUCCCCAGCCAAAGAUCGAACAUCUUUCAGAAAUACAGAUUAUUGUGAAGUUUCAUCCUGCAGCCCAGAACGUCAAAAAUCCCCCUUAACGUCUGCAGAUCAGCCGCCAAUCAAGCGCCCAUGCAUUGACCUCUGGGAGCAGUACAUGUCUGCAGUGAGGAAGUUCAUGGUGAGGAGGUGGGAGAACCUGAGUGGACAUCUCCUGAAGGAGGUCCAACUGGAGGACAUAUGGAUUAGCCCGAGAUCCAUGAGCCGGGUCAGGGACAGACCCAAUCAAACCCCAGCAUCAGACAGAGGGAACAGAACGCCAGACACCAGUGAGGAUUAUGGGUCUAUGGAGUCCAGAGUGACGUUGGACACUUUCCUCCAGGGAUGUGUGAAAGCGGUGACAGUGAUGGUCGGACAGCCAGGAUCAGGGAAAACUCUCCUAAUGUCUUGUUUGGGGCAACAGUGGGCGCACGGUCUUGGCCCGAUCCCUUCAUCCUACCUCUUUGUCCUGUUGGAAUUCCGUCAGCUCAACCUGCUGUCCCGCCCCGUCUCUCUAUUUGAGCUGCUAUUCCAACACUACCUCCCUCCACAAGGUGGUAACUCAGAAAAGAGAGCCAUCUUCGAUCACCUCAUUUCCAAUCCCGAGCAGAGCUGUUGGGUGCUGGAUGGCUAUGAUGAGUUUCACAGCGAGAUCUUUGGAAAAGAUGCUCAGAGUGAAGAAGUGUCGGACCCCCAGAAUAACAUGCCUGUGGCAAACCUCAUCUCAGCACUGUUAAACCGCCACAUUCUCCCAGGAUGCACAGUGGUGGUCACUUGUCGCGCGCAAGAUGUCAUUGACUUUGAAGGCGUGUCAGAUAAAGUGGGCCACCUGCUGGGAUGGGAACACUGUGAGAUCAAGGACUACGUCACCAACUUCUUUGGCAGAAAUGAAGCAGACAAAGGUGUUGGGACGCAAGCAGCGGAUCUUCUUUUUUCCAACCGACAUCUUCUUGCCAUGUCCACCAUUCCUGCCCUCUGCCACAUCUGCUGUAUAUGUAUGGAACAUUUACUGAUGGACGGGAGACAAGAAGCCUCAACAACACAAUCUGGAGACAGAGGAAGGAACCCGAAGAAAAAUAUCCAAAACCUCCACAGUGCAGGAGGAGACGCCGAAAGCUGUGACGAAAAGGGAGGAGAAGGAACUGAAGACAACACAAGUGCAGAAAAUCUUAGAGGAGAAGAGGCAUCACCACACGGUCUACCUCAGAUACCCACCACACUUACCCAGGUCUACUUUACUCUUUUGGAGGUUUUUCUGCGCCGUGACACGCCCAAGAUCACAACACCUCCAGAGAGAAUUGGGUUUACUCUCAGUCAGUAUGGGUCUGAAGUGUGUGAGCUCAGUCAGCUGGCCUGGAGAGGUGUCGAGAAGAACAAGAUUCUCUUCAUGAAAGAAGAUAUUCCUCAGGAGCUUUUGGAGUUCUCCACCAGGACAGGUCUCUUCUCACAGGUGGAAGUCAGACGUGAGGACGGGAUGCUUGUCAGUGCCUACUGCUUCAUUCAUCUGACCCUCCAGGAGUUUUUGGCCGCACUCAGACUCAUGACAAGCGAUGAUGUUCCUGACACUCAGCUAAAGAACAAAUUCAGUCUGAGAACACGUUGGAUGACCCGGUCAGACCAGAGAACCGUCUUCACUGACUCUCUGUACCGGUACGUUUGCGGUCUGGCGUCUUCGGGCUGCACAGCAGUCCUGGUGCAGUUAGUAGGAACCGGGCGCCAAACAUGGGUCCAGAAACGACAAGCUCUCAUUCUGAAAUUACUAAAAAAACUGUCUGUCUCCAACACCCUGACUGGACCAAAGCUACUGGAGCUUUGCCACUGCGUCCAGGAGAGCCAGGAUGACCAAAUAGCCAAAGAAGUGGUUGGUACAAGACCGAAUGUGGAGCUUCGCAACAUCCAGCUGUUACCAAAUGAUGUUGAAGCUCUGGCUUUUGUAGUCAACUCAGUAGGUGAUAAAGGCAUCGGUUUGAACUUUCGAGCGUGUUCAAUGGAGCUGGAAUGCUUAACGUUCCUUCCCCGUUGUCAGUAUAUUCACCGUCUCAGUUUUCGCAGCCGCAAGUAUGAUGACCACUUUGCUGAGCAGUUAUCUUCCAUUUUGCCUGAAUUUGCAAACCUGAGAAAACUGGAACUGUCCUGUGCCAGUCUGACGGAAAAAGGAGCCGCCAGCUUGUCUUCAGCACUCCAGAAAUGUCCACACAUCAGCGAAAUCAAUCUGAGUGACAACAACCUGAAGGACAGUGGGAUCAGAUUUAUAGCUGAUUUAUUUCCCAAACUACAACAACUGGUUUCUGCAAGUUUGGGCAGAAACAACGGCUCACUGAGAGGCGUUGGCUAUCUUAUACAGAUGAUGACAUCAUGUUUGAACAUACAACAUGUUCAUGUCAAUGGUUUGGAAGAUGUGACAGUAACUUUCUCGCAAAACUGUGGAACCAAAAGCCUUGAAAGUACAUCUGAACCAACUAUCAGCUUGUUGAACCAAUCAUGGAACAAAACGGCAACACAAGGACUUACAGAGUCGCUGGCAUGCUGUCCUGUCCUGUCUGUGCUGGAUUUAUCCGGUGGCGAGUGGGACGUGCAAAGUCUGAAGACUCUGACUCAGUUUUUGCCUCAGACCAGAAUCUUCAGAAAGAUCAUUUUGUCCAAUAGCUCUUUAGGUAGCAAAGGUCUGAAGAUGCUGCUGGAGGUUCUUCCUCAUCUCAGCAACAUCCAGGAAAUCGAUGCCAGUAACAAUGGCAUCGGCAUAGCAGGUGUGACUAUGCUGGCCAGCGCCCUCUCUUCUCAUGGCAACUUACAACAAGUUCACAUCAGCAAUGGAGGCAAACAGCAGGUGAUCUUAAAGUUCUGCUGGAACAACAGUGAUGACAACAAGCUACUCAAGGAGUUCAGGAUGAUCAAAAGCCGCCUCCUUCCUUCAUAUAUGACCUCACUGUGUCAAAAACUGAUUCGGUGUUGCUUCCAUUUUGAGCUGGCGUUCUCUCACUGCUCAAUGACAGAUGAAGCUGUAAAAAAUCUGCUGAAAUUUCUGCCCAAGAUGACGUCCCUGCACAGGCUCAAUGUGAGCCACAGCAUCACCUCCACAGAUAUGGCACUGAGGGCGCUCUGCUCUUUGAAUCAAAGCCAACGAGUCACAUCAGUGGAGCUCAGGCACUGUGAUGAAUCUUUUGUGCAGUUUGACAGAGUGAAAGCGGAACAAACGCGCUGCAGGUUGACUGAUUUCGACCUGAAUGAUGCAAACAUGCAGCAGCUGCUUGAGAUCCUGCAGCAGGUCCCUCAGCUGUCUGAGCUGGACUUAUCGGGGAACCAUUUGAAAGAUGAAGCCGUGAAUCGUGUGGUGGAUUUCCUGCCGAUGCUUAAAAUCGCCAGUUAUGUGAAUCUGAGCAAUAACAUGAUGACCCAGCAGGGGGUGCUGGAUGUAGCCGGCACACUGUGCACCUGUCACAGUGUGUCUAGUGUAGAAGUCAGUUUGGGAGAAGAGAAGAGAUCUCUCAUUUGGUUCAGAGAAUAUAGAGGUGAAAAAUCUCUAAGUGUUACUGACAGUAGUUUGAGCCUUGAGCAUCUGGGCAGAAUAGCAGAGAUCAUGUCUAACUGUCCCAGUCUGACCAAACUGGAGUAA